AUUAAUCCAUUCGUUUGCUCUGGCUUGUGCCUCGAGCGCGCGCCUGCAUUUAGCGCGGAGGAAGUGACGUCACGGCGUCAACAUGUAAGAUGGCGACGCAUCACAGGCAGAAUGCAGCGGGGCGCAGGAAAGUGCAGGUGUCGUAUGUCAUCCGAGAUGAAGUGGAGAAAUAUAAUCGUAAUGGAGUCAAUGCACUACAGCUGGAUCCAGCCCUUAACCGUCUCUUCACUGCUGGUCGGGACUCGAUCAUCAGGAUAUGGAGCGUUAACCAGCACAAGCAGGAUCCAUACAUCGCAUCAAUGGAGCAUCACACAGAUUGGGUGAAUGACAUCGUCCUCUGCUGUAAUGGGAAAACAUUGAUAUCGGCCUCCUCUGACACUACAGUAAAGGUUUGGAACGCACACAAGGGCUUCUGUAUGUCAACGCUGAGAACACAUAAGGACUAUGUUAAAGCAUUAGCGUAUGCUAAAGAUAAAGAGUUGGUGGCCUCCGCUGGACUUGACCGGCAGAUCUUUCUAUGGGAUGUGAACACGCUUACGGCUUUAACCGCCUCCAAUAACACUGUUACUACAUCGUCUCUCAGCGGGAACAAAGACUCAAUCUACAGUUUGGCCAUGAAUCAGAUGGGAACCGUUAUUGUGUCUGGAUCAACUGAGAAGGUUCUGAGAGUGUGGGACCCGCGGACCUGUGCCAAACUCAUGAAACUAAAGGGACACACGGACAAUGUGAAAUCGCUGCUGUUAAACAGAGACGGGACUCAGUGUCUUUCAGGCAGUUCGGACGGGACGAUUCGGCUGUGGUCAUUGGGUCAGCAGAGGUGUAUCGCCACGUACCGCGUUCACGAUGAGGGCGUCUGGGCUUUACAGGUCAACGAAGCCUUCACGCACGUCUACUCCGGGGGUCGUGACCGUAAGAUAUACUGCACAGACCUGCGUAACCCAGAUAUCCGUGUGCUCAUAUGUGAGGAGAAGGCACCCGUGUUGAAGAUGGAGUUGGACAGAUCAGCUGAACCACAUUCUGCCAUCUGGGUUUCUACCACCAAGUCUACAGUAAAUAAGUGGUCUCUAAAGGGAAUUCAUAAUUUCCGUGCGUCUGGAGAUUAUGAUAACGACUGUAGCACUCCACUGACGCCUCUGUGUACACAGCCUGAACAGGUUAUUAAAGGUGGAGCCAGUAUAAUCCAGUGCCACAUUCUGAAUGACAAGAGACACAUUCUCACCAAAGACACCAACAACAGUGUGGCAUACUGGGAUGUGCUGAAGGCUUGUAAAGUUGAAGACUUGGGCAAGAUGGAGUUUGAUGAAGAAAUCAAAAAACGCUUUAAGAUGGUUUAUGUGCCCAACUGGUUUUCCGUCGACCUCAAAACAGGGAUGUUGACUAUAACAUUGGAUGAGAGCGACUGUUUUGCCGCUUGGGUUUCGGCUAAAGACGCAGGAUUCACGAGCCCCGAUGGAUCGGAUCCCAAACUGAAUCUGGGCGGUCUGUUGCUUCAGGCUCUGUUAGAGUUUUGGCCACGGACGCACAUCAACCCAAUGGAUGAGGACACAGAACUGAAUCACGCCAGUGUGAACGGUGAACACGAGAGCAGGAUACAGAAAGGCAACGGAUAUUUCCAGGUUCCAGCGCACACUCCGGUCAUCUUUGGCGAGGCGGGAGGCAGAACGUUAUUCAGGCUGUUGUGUCGUGACUCGGGAGGUGAGACUGAGUCGAUGUUACUGAACGAGACCGUCCCGCAGUGGGUCAUCGACAUCACAGUGGACAAAAACAUGCCCAAAUUCAACAAAAUCCCUUUCUACCUGCAACCCCAUUCAUCCUCUGGAGCCAAGACAUUAAAGAAGGAUCGACUGUCGGCCAGUGACAUGUUACAGGUGAGGAAGGUGAUGGAGCACGUCUAUGAGAAGAUCAUCAAUCUGGACAGCGAGUCGCAGACGGGCGGUUCGGCUGCGGAGAAACCCAGCGAGCAGAAGGAGGAUGAAGACGUCUCGGUUUUAGCAGAAGAGAAGAUUGAGCUGCUGUGUCAAGAUCAGGUUUUGGAUCCCAACAUGGACCUGCGAACGGUGAAGCAUUUCAUCUGGAAAAGCGGAGGCGACCUGACGCUUCACUACCGGCAGAAGUCCACGUGAGAUCGGCCCCUCGUACCGUCGCCAUGGAAACUCCAUUCGUAACACUUCACAUUCAAAGCACACGUUCACCUGCACUUCCUGGUUCUGCGUGAUCUUCAGAUCAUCUUCCUCACACGGACCGCUCGCUCACGCAUGUUCAUCCGGGUGGGAACGGGAAGAUGAGCGAGAACGCUCACGAACGGGCAGUUUACACUUCUCCGGUGUAUUUGUGUAUGGAAGAUGCCACCUGAACGGUUUUCUCUACGAUGUUUAUUAUUUUAAUAGCGUUGUAAUAACUCGAUGGAUGCCAUAUUGGACGUGUCAGACUGCUUGAUUUUUCUUCUCGUUUAACAUUCCAGUGAUGUGUUUGUUGCCAACGACAUUGUGAAAUCCUUCCCGCAGCAUGUUGGGAAAACAGAAAGUCAAAGCGUAAGAUUCACGGUCUGGAUUUGGGUUUGAAACUAUCAGGAUGGUAACUAGCGCACGUUUAGGCGUGCACCGAGAAGGCGAUUUCCCAUGAUGCAUCUCACUAAUGUGCUGUGAUCAACUCAUUCAUUCUGUACAUAUAUUGUAAUUAUUUUGUAGUCAACUUGGCCUGAGUUUUAUUUACUUUUCCUUUUUAAGGAAAUAUAUGGUAUCUUCAAAAAGGUGCUUUAUCAUGUAAAAAUGUGAUUGACAAUUGUGGGAGGUGAAAGAAGUCAUAAUGUUAAAAGCGCCAAUAGAGAUGGAGUUUCUUUAAAGGAAUCAUUCACCAGAAAAUUUAACUUUAUCAUUUACUCGCUCUCAUGCCAUUUCAAACCAGGUAUAACAUAAGAUAUUUGGAAGAAAACUCAGCUGUCAGGCUCCAAAAUGCACAAUAUUACUCUAGGAUGAAAUCACACUCAGACUCAUAACAAAAACUAUCAGAGGAGUUUUGGAUAGGAGAUUUAUUGUGCUUUUGGAGACAUACAGGUUUGAUACAACAUUAGGGUGAGUAAACAAUGACACGUUUCAUUUUCAGAUGAACUUUUCCUUUAAAUGAUCCUAACUAAUACUCCUGUAAGAAAAUACAUGAAAAUAAAUAACGAAAUAUGAAAGGUUAGACGUCACCGGGCGCCAAAACUCAGUUCAUGUAUUUAAUUUAUGCAAAACAAAAGCUGUGUUCUGCAAACAUUUGUCAAUCAUAUGAAGAUUUGCACAGUGUUCUAGUAAAAUAUGUUGAUGUAUAUAAUCAGUCUUAGUUUAAAGAUAAGACCAUAAAUCUAGUAAUACAAAUGAAAGCCCAUUGAAAUAGUUGUUAACUGUUGAAGGGUGAAGCUCUUGAGAAGGGUUGGAGAUGUCCAUGAGCCCUGUAUUUAUGCUUACUGUGUCGAUUGUAAUUAUAUUCAGUAUAUUUUGGGUAAAUAACAGCUUAAUAAAUUAACCGAUAAUAAACCAA